UGUGUGUGUGUGUCUGUCUCGCUCUCUCUCUCUCUCUCUCUCUCUCUCUCACACACACACACACACACACACACGCGCGCAGCAGCAGCUCGGUGCACAGCGGAGAAGUUACUGGGCUGCUGUUGGUCGGUGCGGAUUUUUUUGUUUGUUUGUUUGUUUUUCCUUUUUCUAGCGCGUUGCCGCUUUAGCACGCGCUGCGCUAUGAAGAGCGCGAGGAGGAAACUCUGAUCAGAGCGCGAGGCGGACGGACCUAAGGGGGAAACUCGGCUUUGAAUUGGAGUGGGGUGUUUUUUUGUUUUGUUUUGUUUUUUUUUUUAAAGGUGUUUUAGUGGCUCGGUGAGCAUGGUGAGGCUGCAGGUGUGUGUGCUGGCUCUGUCCGCGGCGCUCUGCCUCUGCUCGGGAGGACGAGGAGCCGAGCGCGAGCGAGUGGAGGAUGAGGAGGAUGGUGAUGAUGGAGUCUCGCGGAGCUGCAGGGAUGUCAAGCAGGCGCUCGUGGAGAGAGGAUUCACUGCCAUCAGGAUUAACCAGCACCAGACCACAGGUGAGCACCUGCGUGUAUGUUCUCAGGAGUACACAUGCUGUGGGGUGGAGAUGGAGGACGCCCUUGCACAUCGCGGUAAAGCCGAUCUCGAACGCCUGAUGGAGGAGAGCAGCAGUGCCCUGAGAACUGUAUUCACCACCAAACACAGGAAGUUCGACGAGUUCUUCCUGGAGUUGCUGGACAACUCGGAGAAGUCUCUGAACCACAUGUUCAUCCGCACCUACGGCAACCUGUUCAUGCAAAACUCGGAGAUCUUCGAGGACCUGUUCUCGGAGCUACGGCGCUACUACACAGGAGGGAACGUGAACCUGGAGGAGAUGCUGGGCGACUUCUGGGCCAGGCUUCUGGAGAAGAUGUUCCAGCUGCUGAACUCUCAGUUCUCUUUCACAGACGAGUAUUUAGAGUGUGUGAGCAAGUACACGGACCAGCUGAAGCCGUUCGGGGACACACCACGCAAACUCAAGGUCCAGAUCACACGUGCCCUCGCUGCUGCACGCACCUUCGUACAGGGACUCAUGGUGGGACGGGAGGUGGCCAAUCGUGUGGCCAAGGUGAAUGUGUUUCCCGGCUGCAGUAAGGCGUUGACUCGGAUGCUGUAUUGUCCGUACUGCGGCGGGUUUGUGGACCUCAAGCCGUGCAGGAGUUACUGUCAGAACGUCAUGAAGGGCUGCCUCGCUAAUCAGGCUGACCUGGACCCAGAGUGGAACGUCUUCAUCGAUUCCAUGCUCCUGGUAGCUGAGAGGUUGAAGGGGCCGUUUAACAUCGAGGCCGUGAUGGAGCCGAUCGACUUGAAGAUCUCUGAAGCCAUCAUGACCAUGCAGGAAAACAGCAUACAAGUCUCCGGCAAGGUGUUUCAGGGUUGUGGUCAUCCCAAACCAGUUAGAUCCGGAUCAGGUCGGAGCACCCGCGAGGUGUUUAAUGCUCGGUUCAAACCCUACAGCCACGAAGACAUGCCUCCAUCGGAGAGUUCUGGUCUCGACAGACUGAGGAGCGUCUGGAGAACAAUGCAGGACAGCGUGAUUGACAUUAAAGAGAAGCUGAAGCAGGCGAAGAGGUUCUGGACAUCACUGCCUGAUGUGAUAUGUUCUAAAGACAAUGUGAUAGAACCGAGCAGUGAGCAGUGCUGGAACAGUCACACUAAAGGAAGGUAUUUCCCAGAGGUUGUGAAAGAUGGCCUGACCAAUCAGCUGAGUAAUCCAGAGGUGGAUAUUGACAUCACCCGCCCAGACACCUUCAUCCGGCAGCAGAUCAUGGCUCUGAGAGUGAUGACCAACAAACUGCGCAGCGCCUACAACGGCAACGACAUCUCCUUCCAGGAUUCCAGUGAUGAGGUCAGUGGUUCUGGCAGCGGAAGCGGCUACACCACUGAGUUCGAGUUCACCGUCACAGAGGCGCCAGCAGUGGGGGCGGGGCGUCAAGACCAGGCCACGCCUCUACGACCUGCAUCUGAUAAAGCCACGCCUCUUAAACCUCCUUCUGACUCGGCGGCGCCCCUUCUCGUCUCACCAAUCACUUUAAUGGCGGUCACGUUGCUUCAGUUCUGGUGGAGAUAAUGGCUGGAUAGGGAGUGGACACCUUAUGAUGCAGCUUAGCUCCUCCCACAAUGUUAGCCCCACCCAACCCCCCAUGGGGUUUUACGAUGGAAAGCAUGAGGAUUGACACCCAAAGGACAGAUAGUGAGCUAAAGAGAGAGCGAGAGAAGGCAAAAUUUCUGCACCCUGCUUGUUUCCAAAGAGCAGCUUCAUCCUCAAAUGACACCUUUUUUUGCUCUCGUUCCUUCAAAAAAAAAAGAAAGAAAAAAAAGACAGAGGAAUGCUGCAGCACGUUCCUCAGAUCCCUUUCAGUGAAGCA